AUGGCUCUCGCCGAAUUAUGUGGAUUAGAUACCCAGUUCAGGUUCAACUUAAGGAAGAAUGCCCUGCCAAUGGAAGCUGACAUUGCCCAGUUCACUGGAAAUCUGUUCGAUAACUGUCAGCUUGCCAUCCCACCCUACGCAAACCCUGCCGAAGCCCUGUCUACUAUUCAACAAGAUGAAUUAGGAAAUGAUAUCCGUAUGCAUUUCGACCAUGGUACCACCACUCUUGGCUUCCGUUAUCAGGGUGGUGUUCUCCUUGCUGUAGAUUCACGUGCUACUGGAGGUUCAUUCAUUGGUUCUACUGACAUGAAGAAAAUUGUGGAGCUAAAUGAGUACUUGCUUGGUACUCUUGCUGGUGGUGCUGCUGACUGUGUCUAUUGGGACAGAGUUCUUGCCAAACACUGCCGACUGUAUGAACUGCGCAACCGUGAGCGCAUCUCAAUUGCAGCAGCCAGCAAGCUCAUGUCCAAUAUGGUGUACAAUUACAAGGGUAUGGGCUUGUCUAUGGGUAUGAUGAUUACUGGUUGGGACAAACGAGGGUCUUCCCUCUACUAUGUGGACAGUGAAGGCACUCGCUCAAAGGGAGAUUGUUUCUCAGUUGGGUCCGGAUCUGUACAUGCCUUUGGUGUGCUUGAUUCUGGGUAUCAUUGGGAUCUUACUGAUGAAGAAGCCUAUGAUCUUGGACGGCGUUCAAUUUACCAUGCCACUUUCCGUGAUGUUGCAUCUGGUGGAUUGAUCAGAGUGUACCAUGUCACUGAAAAGGGAUGGAAGUGCAUAUCUAUUGAUGAUGCUAAUGACCUUCACUACAAGUAUGAAGAUGAAAGGAAGCCAAGAUCCUAAGAUGUAUGAUGCAACAAUUUGAAUGCGACUAUCCUGAACUUACUUUGUAUUAUUCCUUUAAUAUAAUUUGAUUCUUUAAUUA